UGUGUGGCUCCCAUGCAAUGCAUAUGUGCAAUGUCCCAGCCUUGCCUAUAGUGGGCAUCACAGCAUGUCAGGCAAUGGCUGUGUGGAAGAGACACUUUGAGGAGAAAGGAGUGACGGAGCCGGACCACUCUAUUCAGUACAUCAUUGCACAUCUGUUUGGGGCUAAAACGAUAGAUGGCCUUGAGCAGGAAAGGUUGACUGAGCCUCUGAGUCACCAAAAAGCAGAACAGAUAUGGAAACUCUGCUUUCAGCGCCUCUCCAGGAUGCCAGUGCAGUAUGUUAUAGAGGAGUGGGACUUCCGAGAUUUGACACUUAAGAUGAGACCGCCUGUGUUCAUACCGAGACCUGAAACAGAGGAAUUGGUCGAACUGGUGCUUGCAGACCUCAAGGUUAAGCCGGGGAAUGGAGUGGGUGCAGAGGGCCGACGUACAUGCUUAGAGGUGGGCUGUGGUUCUGGCGCCAUUUCCCUCAGCCUGCUGAAGAGCCUUCCGUGGCUCAGAGUAAUUGCCUUGGAUCAAAGCAAGGAUGCAGUGAAUCUAACAAGAGAAAAUGCAUUAAGUUUAGGUCUUAAGGACAGACUGCAGAUCCAUCAUAUGGAUAUCGUAAAAGAUUCGGACACUGUUUUGAGCCUAUGCAACCAGGUCUCAACUUUGGUCAGCAACCCUCCGUACCUGUUCUCAGAGGACAUGACAUCUUUGGAACCUGAAGUCCUCAGGUUUGAGGACCACGCCGCUCUAGAUGGAGGCUCAGAUGGCCUGAGGGUGAUCAGACAGAUUUUGACCCUGGCCCCAAAGAUUCUGUUAAACUCUGGCCGUGUUUACCUGGAAGUGGAUCCGAGACACCCCCCGCUUAUCCGACGCUGGGCGCAGGAGCAUGUGGAAGAGCUACAAUACGUCGAGACACGGGUCGACUUCACCAACAGGCCGCGGUUCUGCAUCCUUCAGAAAGGGAGGUGA